CCUUUUCAAGUGAUCGCCAACCAAGCACUGAGAGGAAUUAUGGGAUACACCAAAUCAACUCCAAUUAACGCUAUUUUAGCAGAUUCAGGCGAAUUACCAAUCCAAAUGGAAAUGGAAUCAACAACUGCCAAGUACAUCGCAAAAAAGAUAUCCUUGGGACAAAGAAUACCCAACUUACCGCAAAUUAAACAAAUUAAAAACGUACAUAAUUAUCUCGAAGACAUUGCUAUAGUAACAAAAGAACAAAAUAUGCCAGUUAACCUUAAAAUCAACAAAAGUUUAAUAAGAGGCUGUGCUAAUAAAAGACAAUUAAAUAAUGUAAUAUUAAAACAAAGUGCACUAGAAACUAUCAACCAUUUUAAAGACUAUGAAAGCAUUUAUACGGACGGUUCUCUAGCCAAUGGCAAAAGAGGCCUAAGUAUAUUCUUUAAAAAUAGUGGAGAGAUUUAUAAAGCAAAAAUUAAUCAAAAAGUGUCAAUUAAAGAAGUCGAAUCAGUGGCAAUUUAUUUAGCAAUAAAAUUCAGUGUAACUAUGAAAAAAUCCAAAAUAAUAAUAUACAGUGACUCUAAAAGCGCAUGUGAAAGCUUAAUAAACAAAAGUAAUAAAUUUUACGAAAAUAAAAUAAAAAAUCUUGUAAGUGAAAAUAAUAUCUAUGUGAUUAUACAAUGGCUGCCAGGCCAUAUAGGAAUAGAAGGAAAUGAAAUAGCAGAUAGAGAAGCAAAAAAAGCGUUAGACGAAGGAGAAGAAACAAACAUUAAAAUAACGUUUAAAGAAAGUCAUAAAAUAAGAAAAGAUACAAUGUGGGACAUAUGGAAAGAAAAAUGGACAGCAAUAAGUGAAAUUAAAGGAAAAUUUAACUAUGAAGUGAGAAAAGGUUUGCUAGAACCAAAACCGUGGUUUAGUGAAAUAAACUUAUCAACAAAAGAAAUUAAAACUUUAUCAAGAAUCCGAACUGGACAUUGCUUUGACAAAAAAUUCCUCAACCUAAUGAAAAUAGAACAAACUAAUUUAUGCGAAAAUUGCAAUGAAGUAGAAGAUAUAAACCAUUUAAUAAUCAAAUGUGAAAAAUAUAAAACGAUAAGAGAUAACUAUAUCUCAAUUAAAAAAGAAAAAGAAGACAUCAAAAAAAUACUAAAUCCUAUUAACCAUAAAACCUAUAAAGACAUUUGUGCGUUUGUAACAAGUAUCAAAGCUUCCAUAUAAACCAGUAAAUAGUUGAACAGUUGAACAGUUAAUAUUCAUGUGAAUUCAAAUGUUAACAAAAAGAUCCUGAUAAACUCACAAGGGUUGCUUAUUUCGACUUAUCCUUAGGUCUGUAGCAACCCUGUAGAAAAAGAUUUACAAUGAUCUUUAAUCCAUUGGCAACACACAGAAAACAUUGAUUAAAAAAUAUAUAUAUAAAAUGGAUAUCAUGGAUGAUAUCAUGAUCAUCAACAUCAACAUUAUAGCAGCGAAGACACACUGAAGAAUUCAACACACAUCAACAAUUCAACGAACUCAAGUGGCUAUAUGGACCUUUGCUGAGUCUGACAGCCGUACAAAUUAAAAGAAGAAGAAGAAGAAGAAGAAA